GCAAGUGCAACAUAUCAAGCUUCUAAGCAAUCAAUCGUUUUAGGACUCAACCACCAUGUCUGAUCGGAGGCGAAUCAAUGGCCCGGUUGGCACAACCUCCCCUCCUGUAUACGAUACUCCUCAAGGAAAGAGAGUUGUGGCACGUUCAGGCGACAAUGCCGUCCGAAAGAUCUUUUUAAAGACUGGUGUUACUCCCUCAGCUUCCGGGUCGGCGUAUCUCGAAGUCGAAGAUCCAGCUGCGAACCGCCCAUCAGGUACGAGCUUAAAGCUCACCUGCACUAUCCAUGGUCCACGAGCCCUUCCGCGAUCAGCGCCUUUCUCUCCUCAUAUCAUCCUCUCUACCCAUGUCAAGUAUGCGCCGUUCGCAACGAGGCAAAGACGAGGCUAUCUACGCGAUUCGAGCGAAAGAGAUCUUGGAGUACAUUUGGAGACAGCAUUACGAGGCGCAAUCAUCGCAGAUCGUUGGCCCAAGAGUGGUGUUGAUAUUGUCGUAACUAUAAUUGAGGGCGAUCAGAACCGCGACUCCCUCGAAUACGAUAGAGACGAAGGCUGGGAUAUGAUGAAUGUUCUAAGCGGUUGUAUAACCGUUGCUUCAGCAGCUAUCGCGGAUGCCGGUAUCGACUGCGUAGAUACUGUAGCGGGAGGCGUUGCGGCAAUAGUAGCUAAGGACUCGAAAAGCGAACCCAGCAUCGUCCUCGAUCCAGAUGUUGCUGCAUAUCAUAAGGUUUUCGCGGCGUGCUGUGUUGCAUAUCUACCUACGAGGGACGAAGUAACCAAUAUUUGGUUCAAGGGUCAGUUGCCAUCCCCAGACGCUAUGGUCUAUCAGAAAAUGGUUGAGCGGAGUCUCGUGGCAUGUCGAAGCGCAAAUCGCGUUCUCGUCCAGGCUCUUAACGAAACCGUUCAAGGACAAAAUUCGCAAAAUCCAUCUUGAACUUAACAAGCCAUCCACGGAUCUCUACUUAAACAAGGGGCAUGGUUCCAUUUCACCAAUUUUGAGAAUACCAGGAGGAAUUCUCAUACAAUAGCUUAACUGGGUGGGGACGAUAUUGAACUCGGAUGAUGG